AUGAAAAUAUUUUUGUUUUGCCAAAAGUUUUCCAAUUUGGCUUUGUUUAUCGAUUUUCUUCUAGUAGAACCUCUUGAAGGAAGCGGGUUAUCUUUCAACGGAUAUAUGAGUGGAUUACUUGAAGGAAAUCAUUCAAUUCAAAAUGGAAGUGUUCAUUCCGAUUUAAAAACAAAAUGUUUAUUGGAUAACAACAACCAAAAACGUUCUGAUUAUCUCAACUGGGAAGAAUUUUUUAUGGGUUCAGCAAUAUUGGCAUCUCUUCGAAGUAAAGACCCGUGUACACAAGUUGGGGCUUGUAUAGUUAAAGAGAACAAAAUUGUUGGAACUGGCUAUAAUGGAAUGCCUAAUGGAUGCAAUGAUGACGAUAUGCCGUGGGGGAAGGACAGCUCUGACAUGUUUAACACAAAGUAUUUGUAUGUUUGCCAUGCCGAAAUGAAUGCAAUUGCAAAUGGAAAUUCUGCUCAAUUUAAGGAUGCUACAAUAUGUUUGGAAAUUAUUUUUUUAAACUUAAUUUUCUUUAGAUAUAACCCGUUUUCCUUGUAACGAAUGUGCAAAGUUAAUUAUCCAAUCGGGAAUCAAAACUGUUAUUUAUUUGAAGGAUAAGGAUUGUAUUGAAACUAGGGCUUCUAAACGGUUGUUUGAUGCUACAAAAGUUAAUUACAGUCAAUUCCAACCAAUUCGAAGCCAGAUUGUUAUCAAUU